AUGAAGCGCCGUGCACGCGUUGUUACUCACGCGUCGGUGGUUGCCGUUGAUGAAUCGCUGACCCGCAACGACGCUAAAGCCACCGACAACGUUAAUAAUGAAAAAACCCUUGCCGACGCGGGCAAGGCACCGUACAUUCCACCCCCGGCAGAGACCUGCAGCCUGUUUUCGCGCUUUCAGCAGAGGCAUAGCGAUUUCAGCGGGGAGUGGCUGAUGAUGGAGGAGGUGGAGGCACCGCUGGUGCCGCCCAUCUCCGUGGCGUUGACACAAAAGCUGCGUGACCAUCAACACACACGUCAAAAGCAGCGAAAUGGUGCCAGUGACAGCAACGACGGAAAAGCAACGACACAGACAACUACAACAACUCCAAACACCAAUUCCAAAACAAAAUCAACCUCAUCCUCACCAGUCAGGGAGGGAGAUGCGAGCGUUGGCGCGGGUGGGGGACGCACACCGGAGGUGGUGGUUGAGGCAAAUCAGCCAGCCAGAAAGGGUGAUAAUGGCGCCGACGACGAGGGGAUCCGUGGGGACUACCUCAGUCUUCUUCCCGCCUCUGGCGCACUGGCAGAUGUCGCAAAGAGUGACCUGCAGGCCACACUCACGGUGUGGGAGGGUCGGGAUGGGUUGAUGGUGCCCACUGCCUCGUUCGCCUCCUCACCGCGCUCGGACUCGAAGCCUUCGCUUCCGACGCAGCAGCGCGUGGUUCCACUUUGGAGUGUGGAACGCUACACAAAGCACGGCGGGUACGCGCCAAACGCGACCAUCGCGUUGCAUCAAGAGAUCUGCGACCUUGUGGACUACCUUCGUCCGUCCGAGGCAGAGGUCUUCAUGAGAGGCAUUAUUGGGAUGGAAGUACGGGCGAUCGCUAAGCGUCUUUGGCCUGACUGUGAACCCAUCGUGUUUGGUAGUGUGUUGACGGGUCUCUUGCUGCCUCUUUCUGAUCUAGACAUGACUAUCCUGAAUGUUCCGCUCUCGACGGAGGAGGCACUGACGUCGCUAGCACGUGAAAUCAGCCGUGAAGGGUUAUGCCACACCGCAUAUCCCCAGCUUAUUCUUAAGACGAAGGUACCGCUGGUGAAAUUUCAGCACCGUCACUCCUUGUUGGACGUGGAUAUCAGCAUUAACGCCGAGGAUGGCCAAAGAAAUUCUGCCAUUGUUUUAGACAUGCUUCGCAGCUUUCCCGAGGCACGACCAUUGACCAUACUGGUGAAAUACUUUUUGCAGCAGCGCGGGAUGCAUGAGCCCUAUCAUGGUGGGCUUGGAUCCUUCGCGACAACUCUGCUCGUGAUUAGUUUCUUGCAACACCACCCCAUUUACACAGAGCGGCCGGAGGAACGGGCAUACACCGGUCUUGGGAAGCUGCUUGUGGAUUUUUUCCGUUACUAUGGCAUGUACUUUAACUAUGACCGCUGCGGUAUCUCACUGCUGGACGACGGUCGAUACUUUCGACGCAGCGACACGUCUGCGGUGGCGUUUAGCAGCCCGGCAGGGCAACGUCCCUCGUUGGGACCCCCACAGGUGAUGCUAGAGGAUCCAGGCUGUACGCAAAAUAACGCUGCAAGCUCGCUGCGCAGCUUUCACGUUAUCACCUCUGUCUUUACCCAUGCGUAUAUGGCGUUGACAGCGGUGUUUGAUGCACCGGUAGGCACCGCACAAGACUUCUCACCGGAUGCCACGGAAAUUGCGCGACGCCCCACGCUGCUUUCACGCAUCCUGCACGUGGACGUGCCUAGUGUCGCGCGACGCCAGUCGAUUGCAGCCGCGUAUGAGGCCCUUGUGCAGGAUCCGGCUCAAAAGGAAAAGCUCCUGGCGGCGGUGGCAGCCGGAAACAGGGAGGAAAUGCUUGCACUGCAAAAGGCUCGGCUGCAUGAGGAGUCGUUGUUAAAGGGAAAGACAAAAACCGGGGGACAGAAGCGCAGUCGCAGUGACUCCAGCAGCAGCAGUAGCGGCAGCAGCAGCGGCGGAGGUAGUGUUACCACCUCGAGCAGCACGUCGUCGAAUGGUAGUUCGGUUCGUGUGGUUUCCCGUCGUUUUCGUCAUUGA